AUGAGACUGUAUAGGAAAACGGCCUUUGGUCCACACUUGGAUAUAGAUCUUGUUUUUAAUGGACAACAAUUGCACCACUUUCUGUUAAGGGAGGUAGUACAUGCGAACCCAGACGUUAUAUCAUUCUAUAUUCUAAGGAAGAAGGUAACAUUCUCCCAAGAUGAUUUUAACUUCAUAACUUGGUUGUGGCCGACCAGGAAAACAGUAGAAAGAGAAAUAAGCGGUGAAAGACUGCGAGAACUCAUUCUUGGACCGAAUGACCCAAAUGAAAAGCAUAGUUCUUGCAAGGACGUGGAGAUCGCAUUCGAGAAGUUCAAUUUUACUAAUGACGAAGAUGCUGUCAAGGUUGCAUUGGCACUAUUCAUUGAAACGGAGAUGAUUGGAAAAGACAAGAAAACCCAACUUGAUGUGAAUAUAUUUGGGAUCGUCGAUGACCAUGAUGUCUUUGUACAUUAUGAUUGGUCUUCCCUCUUUUCUAGAUGUACAUUGAAUAGCAUGAAGACUAUCAUGCGCGGUCAGAAGGAGGGAUAUGAUUCAGAAAAAAGCAGAAAAUGA